AUGCCGCGCUACAAUGUCGACGACGCGGCACAGUACUAUAGUGCCUCGAAGGGGCGCUGGGUCGAUGCCGUCGUCACAGCUGUCUGCCCAGGAGGCGAGGUGCAGGUUUCGUGCAAGCCUGGGUACUGGAUGCCGCUGCAGGAGCAGGCCGAGAGGCUCCGCCCGAAGUGCAGCGGGCCCAGCGAUGCAGGGGCUUCGGCCGGGCCAGCCCAGAAGCAGUGGUCGACGGACCAGUUUGUAGGCCUGGGCAGGCACAUAGACGAGGGCCACUACCAGGACGACGUACUUUUGGACGCCAGCCAGUGCAAGUCCGCCAGCAGUGCGGUGGAGGGCCUUAACAGCGGGGCGAUCAAGCGCCCGGAGGGCAUCUGCGUCGUCUUCAGCGCGUCGAGCCAGGCAGCCCACGAGGGCGGCCGGGACCGUAAGCAGCUGGCGCUCGCCAGAGCAGCGGCGGCGCCCACCGCCAAAGCUGAAGGGCACGCCCAUGGCGUUCCACAUGCGUACGUGCCCGCCCCGCGGCACGGCGGCGCGCACGAGUUGGACGCGGGCCGGCAGCGGGCAGCCCCGGCCGUGGAGCCAGUCCACCAGCAGCCCGCCGAGGCGGCGGCCCCGGCGGCGAUCAAGGCGUCCUCGGAUGCCCCAACGCCUGAGGCGCAGCAGCAGCCCUCUGGCAGGCUGCCAGGCAGGCUGGAGCUCGAGGAGACGGACCCUCGGGUGGACUACCGGGAGCGCUUCAUGGAGCUGCGCGCGUGGGUCAAGGCGCAGCAGCACGAGAAGCUGCUCCUGGCUAACACCGCGCUUGGGCUGGACGUCGGCCAUAGGACUGAGGAGCGUCCUCGCCUUCCUGUGCGAGGUUCCUGUGAAGAAGCGAAUUUUCGCUGCGCAGGCACGGGAGAUUCUGCAGGCUGGCGGUCAGCGCGGCGAUCGGGUCCGACGACGUCGAGGCCGCCGCAGCUGCGUCGCGGCCGAGACCUGGCGGGCGGGGGACUCCAGCAACGAGCAGGGGCCGAGAAGGGCAGCACGCAUCAGCGGACGUCCACCAGGUCGAGCACUGAGUACGGCGGGCCCGACGUUGGUGGAGUCCAUCCGCCUGCCACCGGCGCGGGGAGCGACGGCAUAGAUCGGAGGUUCAAAGAUGGGAGCACGAUGCUGCACUGUUCGCCUAUCAUCUUGCUGCAUCCUGCCCUCCCCCCGAGCUGGCCUGGGCACACGGCCCCAGCCGACUGGACGGCGUUGCGGAGCGCCGCGGCCGUCUGGAAAAGCAUGUAG